AGGAAAGUGCAAUUUCAUCUUAGUGAAAUGAUUUAUUAAAGACUACAAUAACCAAGAUGCUAAGCGUAAAUUUUCAACAUAGAGCUGUCAAACAACACAAACGCCAUCUUGACAGCAGCCUUAAAAUGGCAGAAAAAUGCCAGGGAGAAACCGAACUACGGACAGGGUUUAUUUUCUUAUUUUGAAAAGACUGUCCCUUCCCUGUUUUUCUAAAAACGUAGCUAGGGAGUUGAUGGCCAGUGAGAGAGACGAAAUACGUUAAAAUGGAUAUCACGACGGCGGUUUUCAACGCGGCCAGAGAUGGUAAGCUGAAACUUAUCCAGAAGUUGCUGAGCAACAAAAGUCCGGAGGAGUUGGAAGCUCUCGCCGAGGAGAAAACACAGGGAGGCACACCUCUCCUCAUUGCUUCUCGACACGGACACUUAGAGGUUGUGGACUAUUUGCUUGAACAUUGCAAAGCUAACGUGGAACUAGGAGGCUCGGUAAACUUUGACGGUGAGACGAUUGAAGGGGCUCCCCCGCUAUGGGCGGCUUCGGCGGCUGGUCACCUCCCUGUCGUCCGCACACUCCUCAAACACGGUGCCUCUGUCAACAACACUACGCUGACCAACUCAACGCCCUUACGCGCUGCCUGCUUCGAUGGUCACCUGGAGAUUGUCCGUUACCUGGUGGAGCACCGAGCCGAUAUGGAGGUAGCCAACCGCCACGGCCAUACCUGCCUGAUGAUCUCCUGCUACAAGGGCCACAAAGAGAUAGCAAAGUUCCUCCUGGAGCGUGGUGCCGAUGUCAACCGUAAGAGUGUGAAAGGCAACACCGCUCUCCACGACUGCGCUGAGUCCGGUAGCCUGGACAUCAUGAAGAUGCUGCUGAAAUGUAAUGCCCGCAUGGAGAGGGAUGGAUACGGCAUGACCCCUCUUCUAGCUGCCAGCGUCACGGGGCACACCAACAUCGUGGAGUACCUCGCCCACCAGCCCCGCUCUUCACGAGAAGAACGCAUUGAUGCACUCGAACUCCUGGGGGCCACCUUUGUAGAUAAGAAGAGAGACCUCCUGGGGUCCAUGAGAUACUGGAGGAGAGCCAUGGAGCUGAGACAACCAGCUGACAAGGUGGGACUCCUGGCCAAGCCCCCUCCGGGUCCCCCUGUCCCUGCCUAUGACUGUGCCCGAGAGGUGAGCACAGCCGAGGAGCUGGAGGCUCUGAUCACAGACCCUGACGAGAUGCGGAUGCAGGCCCUGCUGGUCCGUGAGAGAAUCCUGGGGCCCUCGCACCCCGACACCUCCUACUAUAUCCGCUACAGAGGGGCCGUCUACGCCGACUCUGGUAACUUUGAACGCUGCAUCAGCCUGUGGAAGUACGCCCUGGACAUGCAGCAGAGUAACCUGGACCCCCUCAGCCCCAUGACGGCCAGCAGUUUCCUGUCCUUCGCUGAGCUCUUCUCCUUCGUGCUGCAGGACCGGGCCAAAGGUACCCUGGCCACUCGCGUCACCUUUCACGACCUGAUGGGGGUGUUGGGGAAGAGUGUGAGGGAGGUGGAGAGGGCGGUGGCCCAGAGGGACAGCCCCCCCGAAGCCCCCCAGUUCACUAAAGCCCUGUCUAUCAUCCUCCACCUGGUGUUCCUGCUGGAGAAGCUGGAGUGCACCACGGAGCAGGAGCACCAGAAGAAGCAGACGGUGUACCGCCUCCUGAAGUUGAACCCGCGGGCACGGAGUGGCUUCACCCCCCUGCAUAUGUCUGUGGACAAGGAUACCACGUCGGUGGGCCGCUACCCUGUGGGUCGCUUCCCCUCUCAGACCGUGGCCUCGCUGCUGCUGGAGUGCGGAGCGGACGUGGACUCCCGGGACUGCGACAACAACACGCCCCUGCACGUCGCUGCUAGCAACGGUUGCCCGGAGAUCAUGGCGCUGCUGGUGAGGGCAGGGGCACACUUCGAUGCCACCAAUGCACAGAGGAAAACUGCGUACGAGCUGCUGGAGGAUCAGAGCAGUGGACACCCGGCCCUCUACCCCCUCAACUACGUCACUCUGCAGUGCCUGGCAGCGCGCACCAUUGAGAGGCACAGACUGCCCUACAAGGGCCUCAUCUCAGAGGAGAUGGAGACCUUCAUUGAGCUGCACUGACACACCCCUCCCCCUUAAAAUCCCCACCCUGUCCCCACACUCUCCCUCAGACCCCUCUAAACCACCCAACAAUGACCCCCUUCACCCCACCUCACCCAUGUCCCACCCGACCCCCUCAUUGUCACCAUACCCCAGCCCACCCCCUUUCCCCAUGGCCUUUCCCCUCUCAGUACCCCUUCUAACACCAGACUAUUAGCUCUGUCUCAGACCAAAUCGCAGCAAUAAUCCUCCUGGCUUCUAAACGUUACACUAACAACAGACUGGGAGCAUUUUAGCUGUGGCUAGAUGCCUCCGGUCAGUGCUCUCUCUUUAGGUUAUGGGCAAUUCCACGGUAACAGAGUGAUGCUGAGAUUCAGAUUUUUCACUUUUAAAAUGUAUGUCAAACAAAAAACUAUGAUAGCAAAGUUAAACAAUAACGCAAUUGCACAAGGAAUAGUUUUAACAAUUUCCACAGAACAUUUUACAAGAACAUAUUCACUCUUAAGAACAGUGAAGAAUCUUGAGUCUCAGCAUUGCUCUUGUAUCGUGGAUUUGCCCUUAUCUGUUAUUAAGACAUGGACACUUUCUAAGUGCUAGGUUGCUAUUUGUUUGCAGGUGGGGAAAAAAAUACCUUUUGGACUUGAUUUUAGGAUUUGAUGCUUUCUUUUUCUUCUCCUGUUUCUCUUGAUAAGCAAGGAAGACUCCUAACAGAAAGGAAAGAAUGGCAGUGCCUAUAUAUCUAUUGGGUGGUGGCUUGUUUUAAGGUGGGAAUGGAAGCUGUAUUACUUGAUAGUACAUGAUCAAAUAUUGACAGUUAACUGCAUGAGAGGCUUAAGAGUGAAUAGGAUAGCUUGUUUGUUAAAUCGGUCUUGUUUUGCAAGGUUAUCCAGAAGCAUCCUUUGAACAAACAAAGUACACAUUGUAUGCUUGGCUGCCUGGUAUCAAUGGAUUUUAUUUUUUUUAUAAUUCAUUUAGCGUUAUUUAAUCCUCCGCCCCAUACUUUGACAUUUUAAGGAGUGUUUGAAAACCCAUUUGUGCCAAAACUCAGCCUUAUAUCGUUCCUCUACACGUGUAAUCUUGCAGGUUAGCCUGAACCUACUGAACUAGCUUACUACAAAUGGAGCAACUCACAACUGUAGAGCGCAGACUAGCAUGGGAACUCUCAUAAGGAUACAGUUUGUUUUAGCCUAGCCUACAUCUCUUAGUUUACUCUGUAUUUUUUUAGACUGUGUGUGUGUUUUACAACCUGGUCAAUGUCGUGAAGUUUCCCUCUGGACAACUUGGACAAAGUGGGAAAGGAAAGAUGGAGAUUUCUCUUCAUCUCCUCUUGAGUGAAAGUUUAUGUUGAUCCCAGUAUCAGAUCAUCUAUUCUAGUCUAUCUACAGUCCAUGCAGAACAAUUGGAAUCUAUGCAGUCACUCAGUGUGACAAUAUCAAAACCCAGGGGUGACCCGAUUUAAGCACAGAUGCAGGUGAUAAGGAUGUGGAACAAAUCGCACACUGCAUUUUAUUUUAUUUUUUUAAUUUUUUUUUACAAUUUCAGUUUUGUGUUUUCAUACAUGCUCUCUUUUAUUUUUUUCUGUUUGUCUGUCCCUAUGUAACAAACAAAAAAACACCUGAUUGAAUGCACUUUGAAAAACCUCCGUGAAUCCUAAAGUGUCCCUGUACAACAUCCAGGCUAUGGACUGUCGCAGCCUCUCUCUCAACGGAUUGAUUAAUUUAACUGAUGAUGAUAACUUCAGAACAAAACUGUGUUGAGAUACUUGAAUAAAAUUCAGUGUCCCUGCAGCAAG